CGCGCUACUUGGCGGCUGAAGCUCUGAGGUGGCUGAGGCCACGGGAGGAUCGCCGAGGGGAGGAGACUGACAGGAAGCAGCUUGGUCGAGGACCCCCGGGGAGAGCAGAGAUGGGACACAGGAUAGAUACGUGGAGCCCGAGAUGGCAUUACCUACCAUUCCUUCCUCCUGGCCGACUCGCAACAGACUGCUAGAAAGGCAAAUUGUGAAUCACCGAGAACAGGAAGCCCGGUUUCGGCAGCAGUGGGAUACCAACAGUCGCUAUUUCAAAGAUUUCGACGUCUGGAGCUCUAAACAGGCCCAGUGGACCUCAAGAAAAUGCUACCAGCAGAGUAUGCAAGCGUAUGAAGAGCAGAAACUAAGGGAGGAAAAGAAAAAGAAUUUGACAGAAAGACAGAGACGGCUCUUUAAACUCCUGGCAGAGGAGAAGAGUCAGUUUGCCGAGGAAUUGAAACAGAAGAGGCAAGACUUAGCUUCGAGAGAGAAAGAUGUGAGAGAAAGAAGCGAAAAAUUGAAGUCUGCCAGAGAACAAGAAAGGAAAAUGGUUGCCGAACAGCUUCUCUAUGAACACUGGAAAAAGUCAGACCCAAGAUUUCGACAGAUUGAAUCAGAUCUUCACAAGAAACAUGUGAUAGACUCCUGGGAAACCCAGCUGUCUGAAAGAAAACAGCAAGAGACAGCCAACAAGGAAGAACAAAGACGGUUCGAAAACCAAUACGAAAUUGCCAGAAGGGAAGCCUUAGAACGGAUGAAACAGGAAGAGGAAAAGAGACACCUGGAGGGCAGGCAGCAGGCAGAGGCUUUGCUCCAACAAAUGGAAGAGCUCAAACUGAAGGAAAUGGAGGCAACAAAACUGAAGAAAGAACAAGAAAAUUUGCUGAAGCAGCAGUGGGAGCUUGGCUUAUUGGAGGAGGAAAGAAAGAAUAUGGAGGAAUACAGGAAGAAAGCUGAACUCGGGCGCUUUUUGAGACACCAGUAUAACGCCCAGCUGAACAGACGUGCCCAGCAAAUCCGAGAGGAGCUGGAGGCAGACAAGCGGAUCCUCUUGGCCCUCCUGGAGAAGGAAGAUGAGGAGCAGCGCCGUGAUUCAGCCCGGCGGGAACGAGCAGCUGCAGAUGCUGCCUGGAUGAAGCAGGUCAUCGAGGACCAAUUAAAGAUCGAGAAAGCUCGAGGGGCCGAGCUACAAGUGUUGUACAGGGAAGAGGCUAAACAGAUGUGGGAGAAGAGAGAGGCAGAGUGGGAGAGAGAGAGGCAAGCACGAGACCGACUGAUGAAAGAGGUUCUUACAGAGAGACAACAUCAACUCAAAGAAAAGAUUGAACUAAAUCGGCGUGCUCAAGAGGAAGCCUUGAAGUACAGGGAACAUCUUAUUCGAGGUCUGGAGGAGGCGAAAGAGGAGACCCGGAGAGAAAGAGCCGAGGAGGCAGACUUGAAAACUGCUCGUAAACGGGAGCUGGAGGCACAGGUCGCAGAGCGCCAUCUUCAAGACAAGGAAGAGCUGGAACAACAGAGAAAGGCGGAUGAAGAGGCCUGGCUCGCAGACCAGCUAGCAGAGAAACUCGUCCAGCAGGAGGCAAACCUAAUGACUAAGCGCGGCUAUCAGUCAAAGCCUUAUGGUCGUCCCAAAAUUGCCUGGAACUGAACCUGGAUGCCCAGCAAGCACUUUAGCCCGAGGACACUGAGGCGUAGGUUAUGUUGCUAAUGAACCUGAUCAGGUAUUCCGGGAAUUCAAAAUAAACAUUAUAUUAUGCUCACCCCUUCCGAAAGGUUCGCCAUAGCGCUACUCAGUGAGUUGAAAGGGGACAGGACUAGGCUAGACCUUAAGGGGCCGGGGUCAUGUGGAGACAGGCCACCGUAAAACUUAGGCCUUUUCAGUUGGAAAAGUGUAAUAUGGGUAAGCACUUAGAAUGUUUUCAAAUAGCCUUCUAUUUAACUUUAUUUAGAAAUAGCAUAAAAUUCUUAAUUAUUAAGUGUUGGGAGUUGGACCCUUCAGGAAGAAUUUUGAUGUGAACUAUAAGUUAAUAGAACACAUGAGACAUGAUGCAUCUUUCCUCUUGGCUCCAGCUCUAAUAAAUGUUAUGGUUAGUGAUAUUGUCAACCUGUUGUUUAAAUAUAUUUAUUUAUUAGAGAUAUUAUUCAAUAAAUU